AAGGAUCGAAUUAAUUAAUCUAAUGUCUGACUACUGUCAGCAAAAUGAUGUAUGAUGUGGUAAUGUCGCAAGAAUCACUCAUACUAAUGACUUCAACGCUAUUAGGGAAUGAAGCGAUGUUUCUGUUGUUAUCAUAAUUGAUGGAGCAUUCGUUCUUCGGCCUGAGUGGUAUAGGUGGUCCGUGUCGCCAUGGCGUCACCAACAACACUCUUCAAUAAUUUAGUUAAAAAAGAAGAAAAUUGCUACAUCGAUGCUGUAUCGAAGGCCUACCUUUGGAUGGAAGUGGUGUUAGGCCUCAACAGGCUGGUCUUUUCCCUUAAAAUAAAACCGAUUUUUAUUUUAUUGGCAUCUGCGUACAGUAUUUUUUGCUGUGCUAUUGUAUUUUACGACGCAUUCUUUUUUUACCCUUUGUUCAUGGACCGUCUUGACAUAGGGUUAGAUUCCGUGCACUAUCUAUUGGGUGUCAUAUUGAGUUCAAUAGUUUGGAAGCGAUUACAGCAUUAUUAUCUGAGGUUACAGGAUUUUGACACGACGAUCGGUUGCAGACCAAAAAUAUCAUCGUCAUCGGUGAAAAACUUAAUUUUGAUGUGUAUUGCGGUAUCUCUCACGAUUCUCGUUGUACCGUAUGAAUGGUACACGUUCGACCAACUUGUCGGUUCACUGAUGCUGUUGCCGGUGCAUCUUCUAUUUCUAAUUGAUAUUCAUUUCUACGGACAUCUGCUGAGCCUGCUUGUUCCGAGACUCCGACUGAUCAAUUAUUAUAUGAAAAUGUCAUUGAGCCACCACAGUAAAGUGGUAGUUCCAAAAAUUGUCGAAUUGACAUUCAAGAGUGUUAUUUUGGAAUCUCAAAAUUGUCAAAUGAAGAAACUGAUGGACCUUUACUGUAUGAUAAUCAACGCGUACGACAUACUCAUUGAUGCUAUCAAGUGGCAGUUUGUAAUGGUGCUAACUGCGUUGUUUAUCUCCAUUCUUACUUUUUCAUACAAAACCGCUUUGAUGAAACCUUUCUACAACGUCGCGAUAGAGUCAUCAUUCCACUGUAUACGGCUGUUUCCGCUGUUCGCUCCGUGCAUCUUCGCCGACCAGAUCCAGGAGGAGGUGCGCCGCUUGAGAGAGCUGCUGGCUUCUAGGCUCUACGAGAACAAACUAAACAAGCCGGGUCGUAGCGUGGCGCGGGCGCUGCUGUCUCUGACGGAGGCGCGCGACUUGUCCUUCUCGCUGCUGCAAAUCUUCGACAUCGACAUUUCUCUCCCAUUCAAAUUCAUGGGGCUGCUCUUGACUUACCUUAUCAUACUGUUGCAGUUCGAAAAAGUUAUCAACCCUUAA